AUGUUUUGUAAAGAGUCGUCGUCAAGUCUCCAGACCUUGAAUAUAGCGAAGAGUCUCAGCUCUCUGUUCGUUAAACCAUCAGCACUCAUUAACCCAAUUUCGGCAGGACGUCGAGACAAGCUGUGUCGUCGUCCAAACCUCGGAGGACGAUGUAAGGUCACGGCCUCACAGUCUAAUAUCGAUCAGAAAGGUAUGAUAGUGAAACAAAAAGUUAAAAAUGUAAAAGUAAAGGGAUACAUAACGGCCCAAGAAGGGUUGCUGGAGGGCCUAGGUUGGUCGAGACCUCUCGAUGACAUUGCCGACAUCCGCGGCAGAUCACUGCUCGUCGAGCUUAUUAGCACCGAUACUGACCCCCGGACGUUGAUGGAGAAGGAUCCGGUAGAAGACUACGCACAACGUGUAUGGUUCGAAGCCCCUGAUGAGAAGUACGAGUGCGUGUUUGACAUGCCCGAAGACUUUGGAACGGUGGGGGCCAUCAGGGUUCAAAACCAGCAUCAUAGAGAGAUGUUCAUCAAGGAGAUGGAGCUUGAGUUACCCAGCGGCUCCGUCACGUUUACAUGUAACUCAUGGGUGAGCCCAAAGUCCGUUGACCCAGCCAAGCGAAUAUUCUUCUCAAACAAGUCCUACUUGCCUUCCGAAACCCCGGAGCCUCUUAAAAAGCUGCGAAAGGAGGAGCUGGAGACAUUGCAAGGCAAGAACCGGCAGAAAGUUGGUGAAUUCGCCAAGCACGAGCGCGUUUACGACUAUGACGUGUACAACGAUGUGGGUGACCCUGACAGAGAUGAGGCACUUGCCCGUCCUGUGAUUGGAGGCCUCUCUCAUCCGUACCCAAGGCGGUGCAAGACUGGUCGCAAACGCUGCGUCAAGGACCCUUCCACAGAGCAACGCCACGGGGAGUUCUAUGUCCCCAGAGACGAGGAGUUCUCUACAGCCAAGGGCACCUCGUUCACGGGCAAGGCCAUCUUGGCAGCUCUUCCUUCCGUUUUCCCACAGAUCGAGUCUGCUCUGCUGGAUCCCAACUUGCCCUUCCCACACUUCAAGGCCAUUGAAGAUCUCUUUGAACAAGGCAUCAAGCUUCCCAAGGAUGCUGGCCUUUUACCUAUGAUCCCCAGACUUAUCAAAGCUGCUGCUAAUGCUCAAGAUGAUCUUCUCCAGUUUCAUUCCCCUAGUCUCCUUAACAAGGAUAGAUUUUCAUGGUUUCGGGACGACGAGUUUGGUCGCCAGACCCUUGCAGGCCUUAAUCCCUACUGUAUCCAGCUAGUUCAAGAGUGGCCAUUGAAAAGCAAACUAGACCCUGUGGUUUAUGGUGAUCCCAACUCACUCAUUACUCAGGAAGUCGUGGAAAAAGAAAUCAGAGGAGUUAUGUCAGUGGACGAGGCUCUAAAGAAAAAGAGAUUGUUCAUGUUGGAUUAUCACGAUUUGCUACUACCGUACGUGAACAAAGUAAGGGAACUGGAGGAUACAACCCUAUAUGCUUCUAGAACAAUCUUCUUCCUCAGCGAUGAUAGCACAUUGAGGCCUAUUGCCGUUGAGUUGACUCGUCCACCAGAUGCCAACAGGCCCCAGUGGAAGCAGGUAUUCACGCCAGGAUAUGAUGCUACCUCCUGCUGGCUAUGGAAUCUUUCUAAGAAUCACGUUAUUGCUCAUGACGCUGGUUAUCACCAGCUUAUUUCCCACUGGCUGAGGACUCACUGCUGUAUGGAGCCAUACAUAAUAGCGGCAAACAGACAACUAAGUGCGGUGCAUCCCAUCUAUAGGCUUUUGCAUCCCCACUUCCGCUACACCAUGGAGAUCAAUGCUCGUGCACGCCAAAGUCUGGUCAACGCAGGUGGAAUCAUUGAGACUAGUUUCUGGCCCGGAAAGUAUUCACUAGAGCUAAGUUCGGAUGUAUAUGGUAAACUGUGGAGGUUUGACCAGGAAGGCUUACCUGCAGACCUCAUCAGGAGGGGGCUGGCUGUGGAAGAUAAGACCGCGGAACAUGGGGUACGCCUGACGAUACCAGACUACCCAUUUGCGAACGACGGUCUAGUGCUGUGGGAUGCACUCAAGGAAUGGAUAACAGACUAUGUGAAUCACUAUUAUCCAAAUGCAGGAUUGGUGAUGUUGGAUGAGGAACUCCAAGGAUGGUGGAGGGAAGUGAGGAACGAAGGGCAUGCGGACAAGAAAGACGAACCAUGGUGGCCUGACCUCAAAACACCGGAGGACUUGAUCGGGGUGGUGACUACGAUUGCGUGGGUAGCCUCGGGUCACCAUGCAGCUGUAAACUUCGGACAGUACGGGUACGGAGGAUACUUUCCCAACCGACCAACCACAGCAAGGAUAAAAUUGCCAGUGGAAGAUCCGACAGAGGAAGAGCUCAGAGAGUUCUACGAAACGCCAGAAAGGGUGAUGCUUAAGACAUUCCCGUCGCAGAAGCAGGCGACGCAAGUCAUGGUCACUCUGGAUCUUUUGUCGACCCAUUCACCUGACGAAGAGUACAUAGGAGAAGUACCAGAAGCAUCUUGGGUCCACGAUCCUGUAAUCAAUGCUGCGUAUGAAAGAUUCAAAGGAAGGCUCCAAUAUCUAGAAGGAGUGAUAGAUGAGAGGAACGUCAACGUUACUCUAAAGAACAGAGCAGGAGCUGGUGUAGUUAAGUACGAGCUUUUGAAGCCCGUCUCUCCUCACCCCGGUGUCACCGGAAUGGGUGUUCCUUAUAGUAUUUCCAUUUGA